AUGUCAUGCGAUAACGAUCAAAAUCACGACAUGGCUUCAUCUGCCGAAACAUCACCCCAGACACCUAGAACAUCACUAAGUCCACCAUUGAGAGAGAUCUCAAUGUCUCUCUCUUUGACUCACUCGAGGUCCAGCUCUCGAGCCAGUCACGACAGUCCAGUAUCACAACUGAGAAGUCUCGGAUCAUUGCUUACAGCUUCUACACCACGCAGCCCAAGUAGAAAUGAUCGGAACGACCUGCAUCCAUCAGAAGUGAACAAGUCAACCCAAAUCCCUCAUGCGCCAUCACAAAGAAUGCCAUCUUUGCAUCGUCCACCACCCUCGUUACCUCGUGUCAAUACAUGUCCAGCAUUUAUUAUGCCUAGUGGAGGUUCUUCUACUACCAGCGUGAACGGCCUAGGUACUGGAUUUGGUCUGGAAGCGUUCAAACUUAGUUCGCCACCUACUCGACAUCCUCAACCAAAUCACCGCACCACGCCUUCCCUUCCCGAAAGAUCCUUCUGGAUCCCGUCGAGUGAGCCAAAUGUACAAAGACCUCAACAUCAACGCUUGACUUCACUUCCCUCUCUACAAAUAGGUCAUAGAGAUAAAAUCCAUCCUACGCCGGAUUCACUCACCUACCAACGAGGUCUUCCAGCAUCAGCAAUCACACCUUUGGCUCAUACCCGUCAACCAUCCGACGAAGGUCGAGAGCAGAUGUUACAGCGUUCUGCGGCACAUGUCCGACAUCCUUCUGCAGGCCACCCGAUACCUAUCCAAAAUCAUACCCAUCAUAUGACGCACAGACGACACCCAUCCAGUGGAGACGCUGCUGCCUUUCGUUCCGUUCCUUACUCUAUCCAUCUUCCUGCAUGGGCAGCACCGCCACCACCACCCAAUCUACCAGCUCAUGCGGCACCGAGUAAUAUCACCGCUAGACCUCAAGGAAUGGGCAGGCCAAGACUUCAAAUUCAUCCUUAUGCUCCUCCACGAGGAGAUCCGAGAUACUACUCUGCUGGUGGACUGGGCAUUCAUACGCAUAUCAACCCAGGUCUAUCGCAUGUCCCAACCUACGGGGGAGAGAGGAUUUUCAUGAGUCCAUCAAGUGGGAUCAGUCCGGGAGACUACUUCAAGGCUCCAAGAAAGAGAGCCGAUGAUUCCCAGCUCACGAUCCUCAAUGAAGUGUUCGACAGAACGGCUUAUCCGUCGACUGACGAAAGAGAUAGCUUAGCAAGAAGAUUGGGUAUGACGUCUCGCAGCGUUCAGAUAUGGUUCCAAAAUCGUCGUCGGGCUGUCAAGGUCGAUUCCCAAUCUGCCAUACAGCGAGCAGAAGCUGCGGCCGAGACUCAAAUAAUGAUCAGAGGUCCCGUACCAAUUAUCUCAAAGCCCUACCCCAUCCACCCAAAUCAUAGGCAUGAAAGGGAGGAACGGGAAGAAGAAUGGCGAUUUGGUUCCGAUCAACAUCCAUACAGGAGAGACCUCGAUGUCCAGAUUGACCCACGAGUUGCUACUCAAUCAAACAUGGCCUUAUCUGAGAGGAUCCAAGUACAGAGUAUGGUCAAAAAGGAGAUAUUGUCUCCCUGA